UGUUCUUGCAGCUCACGUAUUUUGUUCUAUAUGAAGAAGGUAAAGAUGCCAUAAAAUCAGAGGCAGUUAUACAAGCUUCCAUAGUUUACAAUAGAAUACAAACAACAGUAACCUGUUUAGAUAGAUAGAACCAAAGUGAGUGAGGAAAUAUGGAGAAUGUUCAUGUGAUUUGCAUCCCAUACCCGGUUCAGAGUCACAUUAGUGCCAUGAUGAAGCUAGCAAAGAUUCUUCAUUCUAGAGGUAUUCAUAUAACCUUUGUGAACACAGAAUUCAAUCACCAACGUUUACUCAAUUCAAGGGGGCCAGAUUCACUCAAAGGCUUACCUGAUUUCCGUUUCGAAACAAUCCCUGACGGUCUUCCACCACCAACAGAUCCAAAUGCCACCCAAGAUGUACUAGCCCUAGGCCUCUCUAUAGAAGAGAACUGCUUAGAACCUUUCCGAAACAUUAUCUAUAAGCUCAACACAACUAAGCACACAGAUGUUCCACCUGUGAGCUGCAUAAUUUCUGAUAGUUUUAUGUGCUUUACAUUACAAGCAGCUAAAGAGUUCGGCAUCCCUGAAAUGUUAUAUUGUCCAAUUAGCUUCUGUGCUUACGCAUGUUUUCUGCACUUUCCUCAGCUCAUCCAAAGAGGUCUAGUUCCACUUAAAGAUGAGAGUUACCUGACAAAUGGGUAUCUAGACAAACCAAUUGACUGGAUUCCCGGCAUGAAAGAUAUCAGAUUCAGAGAUUUGCCAAAUUUUGUACGAACCACAGAUCCCAAUGAUGCCAUUCUCCAUGCUUCAAUGCGAGAAACGGAAAAAACUUAUAAUGCCACAGCUCUGAUUUUCAAUACCUUUGAUGCUCUGGAGAUGGAGGUUUUGGAUGCAUUCAAGUCUCAACUGCCACUUCCACCUAUUUACACAGUUGGUCCUCUCCAAUUACACCUUAACCAGAUUCCACAAAAUGAGACAUGCUCUAUCGGAUCAAAUCUAUGGAAAGAAGAUGCCCAGUGUCUGAAUUGGCUUGAUUCCAAAGAACCCAACUCGGUCAUAUAUGUCAAUUUCGGCAGCAUCACUGUUUUGACUACUCAACAACUCCUUGAAUUUGCAUGGGGACUGGCAAACAGCAAGCAUAACUUCUUAUGGAUUAUAAGGCCUGAUCUGGUAGUCAGUGAGUCGGUGGUGCUGGCACCUGAGUUCACAAAUGAAAUCAAGGGAAGAGGACUGCUAGCAAGUUGGUGCCCACAAGAAGCUGUCCUGAAUCACCCAUCAAUAGCUGGAUUCUUAACACAUUGUGGUUGGAACUCGACGCUAGAAAGCUUAUGCAGUGGAGUUCCAGUUAUAUGUUGGCCAUUUUUCGGAGACCAACAAACAAUCUGCAGGUACAUAUGUAACGAAUGGGGAGUUGGUAUGGAGAUCGAUAACAAUGUGAAGAGAGAUGAAGUUGAGAGCUUGGUGCGAGAAUUAAUGGAAGGAGAGAAAGGUAAGAACAUGACAAAUAAAGCCAUGGAGUGGAAGAAGAAAGCAGAAGAAGCAACUUCAGCUGGUGGUUCCUCUUAUGCUAAUAUGGACAAGAUCGUAAACGAAAUACUUGUUAGGAAAAUCAAAGACCAAUGAAACAAAGAUAUGUAUAAGUAUUAUGAAUUACAAUUCUCUAUUAUGUUACGAUUAUCAGGAAAGAUUGAAGAUCUAAUAAAUAUGAAUUACCUUUAUAUAUUACAA